AUGACUAUUGCUCCAAUUACUGGUACGAUCAAGAGAAGAGUCAUCAUGGACAUCGUCCUCGGGUUCUCCCUCGGGGGUGUCAUGGCCUCUUACUGGUGGUGGGGAUUCCACAUGGAUAAGAUUAACAAGAGAGAGAAGUUCUACGCAGAGCUAGCUGAGAGGAAAAAGCAAGAGAACUGA